AUGCCUCCCGAGAUUGAGGCUUUAAGGUUAGCCGCACUUUCAACGAGGAAUCCUCGAAAAGAAAAAUCAAAAGCGGAAGAGAACGAUUUUCCUGUUGCAAAUGUAUCCACUUCUUCAAAUUCACCUAAUCUACAGCCAACAUCUGUGAAUCAAGCUACUGUUGAGGACGUCAUGGUUGAAGACGGCAACCGUUCCGAAAGGGAAGAGGGUGAAUUAAGCGAUUCUGAUUCAAUAAACGGUUGCAAUGAACCUAUUAAAGAAAGUGGUUUUCAGCAUAGAAGUGAGGAAACCGUUGCUAACGUCGUACAUCAACAACAAUCCUAUCAACAGGCUUAUUUAGAUACAAAAUAUGCUGAAGAAGAUUUAACGAGGAAAUUAUUAUCUGACUUAUACCGGUUGUCUGCCACACCCGAUGACAUAAUUGAAGCUGGAAUUCCUGUGGAUGUUGUUAUCAGAUUUUCUCGGGAAAUAAAUUAUCCGUUACCUCCACAUCUUGCUGUAUUUAGUAUCCCCGUUCGUAAACCAUUAACACCCGCAGAUGUACCUUCUCAUGAAAAUGCGAGUUCGAAUAUGAUGAUUAAUUCAACAUCAUCUCCAUUUCAACAAAAUAAGUCAUUUCCUACUUCUAUUCCUUUGGUCUCUAACGACCAAAGUGUUUAUCCUCCAACAACGUAUCCGAUUGAUCAAAAUACAACAUUCUAUUCACAAUUAACAUCAUUACAACGAGAUCAACCUGUUGAAUCCACAAUGCCUGGAUUCUCUUCUGUACAGUAUUCGACGGCGCAACCGUCAAUAGUUACGUCUUCCUCAUCACCUAAAGAAGCUUAUGCUUCAAGAAUAUCAUUAAAUCCAAGCAUUAAUAUCGUUAAUUCAACUCAACUUCCAACUUCUUCACCGCCGAAACCACAGAGUAAUUCAAUCAUUCCAAAUAAUCAAAAGCCAUUCUUGGCCCCUCGUGAGACAAAUUUAGUUAUCGAAUUAAGCGAUGAAUCUGACAAUGAACGUAGUAUUACUGGAUUAAUUAAACAAGUUAAAAAGGACAUUUUUCCUGAUUCUAAAUUAGAAACUGAAGAUGAAAAUAAAGCACAACCAGAUGCAAAAAAAAAAUUGGAGGAAAAGGAACGUGAGAUUAAGCGCAUGAAUGAAUUGAUUGCAAGUAAGAUGGAGAGCCUAAAGAAAAAUAAGGUUGGACCGAGUUCUAAUGUUACUACAUUACAAGAUAAAGUUAGUUCAAACUCCAGUGUUACAAACGCUAAAGCACAAGUGGGUCCUAGCCGAGGCAAUUCCCCUCCUCCAGACAUUGCAACGAUUAGAGCAGAAUUAGAAAUAUUUGAGACUGCAAAAGCCAAUCUUAACGAAAUACGAUCUAAGAUUGAAGCUGAGGAAAGAGAACUCUCCGAAGUUCGAUCUCGUAUUAAAGAUCAAGAACGACUCGAAAGCGAUUACGAAAAAAUUCAUUCUAAUUUUAAUACACAACGUGAAGAGUUAGUAAACAGUCGGAAUGCGUUAGAAGCCAGAAAAGCGUUGAUCGAAUCACAACUCACUGAUAUUAAUCGUCAAAUAGAAGAUAGUAAUUCAUCAAUUCUUAGUAAAGAGACAGAGAUAAAAGAUGCUUUAAGUGAAAAAGCUAAAUUCAUGACGAGAAAAACAGAAUUGGUUAGCAAUGAGAAGACUGUAUCUGAAAAUAUGAUACAACUUAAGAAACAACUUUCAUCUGUUCAUAAAACAAUAGUAGCUAAAAAAGAAUUACUCUUAAAAUUAGUUAAGCCUAAAAAUGAGGCAGGAUCAUCUACUACUAAUCGUUCAGAGUCAAUUUCCACUGGUAAACGCACUGUAUCUCCUGAAGAUGCUACCCCAAGAGCCGUAACUAAGAAAGCGAAACUAACAUCGAGCGUAUCCGGGGAUGAAGUCGCACAAUUGUCCAAGCGAAUGGAAAAGGUUAGCAAAGAACAUCAAGAAUUGUUACAAAGUUUGACUUUGUUAAAUAAGCGUAAGGGGAAAAAGGUCGUUACUUCAUCGACCUCCAAUGCAAAUGCAUCUGAGGCUGAUGCUGAAAUAUUAUAUAGUAAUAACGGUUCGCCGUCCGAUUCCGCCAAAAGUAAUGUUAAAGAACAUGAAUCCCUAAAUAUAGAAAAUACUGAAUUAAUGGAUGUUAGCGAUUCAUAUACGAAAAGUGCUGAUACUCAACAACAAGUACAGGACGAUUCAUCAUUUAUACCCUAUGAAAGUGUACUUAAAGGAUUUAGAUCAUAUAGAUUUCAUCCUCGUUAUAAACAAGAAAUAGGAAAACAUGGUUAUAAAUUAAUUAUGUAUAGUCGUAAUUAUAAUGUUUAUCGUAAAAUGUGUGUUUUUGAGUCCCAAAAUCGCGGUCGUUGUAAUGAUGAUGCAUGCACUUCACAACAUUGGCGAGACUUUCCGAUGAGCGGGCGUACUCCAAUUGAACAACAGGAAUAUCGUUCCGGUUUAGAAUUAUUAAUUAACAAACUUCGUGCGGAAGGAAAAACUAAUGUUGAUGAAAUUAUUGAUGCUAUUGUAAUUUAUCGACAACAGUUUAUUUCUAAUAAUCCUUUUGACAAUUUUGACGCUCCUCGCAUAGUAUUCUUUAAUAAGAAAAAACCGUUAGGCCAAGCAAUUGAUAAUGAAGAAGCAUCAUCAGCUUAUGAUACUGGUUAUGUUUCUGAAUCUUUGCCUACUCCAGAAAUUUCAGAGAACGAACAAGUUAUGUAUCAGUCAGAUGAAGAUUCAGAAAGUGAUGAUAAUAAUCAUAUUUCACAGGAUUCAUCUGAAUUAAGUUCUGAGCACGAAGGUAGUGAUAGUGAUGAAUCUCAAGUUCAAGAUGGAAGCGCUAUGAUACAGGAUGAGCAAAUGUAUGUAGAUGGUGAAUCUCCUUUUUCACCAUUACAUAUUGGAUCACCCUCUUCCCAACAUGGUGAAGAGACUCCAGAGUCACAAAGCACUCAAACCAAUAAUGAAUCAUUCACUGGAUUUAGUGUUAUGGGCGCCAUAUAUAACUGGUUUAGAUAA